AUGGACAGGCUGCCCCCGUCGAUGCGCAAGCGGCUGUACAGCCUCCCGCAGCAGACCGGCCCCAAAGCCUCGAUCAUGGACGAGGAGGACGACGACGACGGGGCCGGAGGUGGCGGCCAGGACGCCCGUCGCAAGAGCAUCCGGCUCCAGCCCUUGCCCGCGUCGCCGCCGCCGCCUCCGCCGCCAGGGGGCGCCCGCGGCUACGGGGCAGGCGAGCCCUCGCGGCCGGGCGGCGGGGAGGCCGUCGGGGGCCCGGCGGAGGGGGCGGCGGCGGGCGGCUGCCGGCCGAGCUCCAAGAGCAGCACCAACGGCGACUGCCGGCGCUUCAAGGGGAGCCUGUCGUCGCUCGCCAGCCGCCACCCGCACGACUCGGGCGAGGAGCGGCGCCUCAUCGGCAGCGAAGGCGACGCCGCUUCCCCCGGCGAUGAGCCGAGCCCGGCCAGCCCCGCCGAGGCCGAGCGAGCCCCCUUGGCGGCGGCCUCGUCCCCUUGCCCGUCUUCGCCUGCCCCGGACGCGCCGCCGCCCUCCUCCUCCGCCGCCGCCGCCUUCAUCAAAGUGGAAGCGGGUGGGGGUCCCGCAGGAGGAGGAGGAGGGGGCGACCAGAUCACCCCGGACGACGAGCAGAGGCUGGGCCAAGCCGGCUUCAUGCAGCGCCAGUUCGGGGCCAUGCUGCAGCCGGGGGUCAACAAAUUCUCCUUGAGGAUGUUCGGGAGCCAAAAGGCGGUGGAGCGAGAGCAGGAAAGGGUUAAGUCCGCCGGGUUCUGGAUCAUCCACCCGUACAGCGACUUCAGGUUUUACUGGGAUUUGACGAUGCUUCUCCUGAUGGUUGGGAACUUGAUCAUUAUCCCUGUGGGCAUCACCUUCUUCAAGGACGAGAACACCACGCCGUGGAUCGUUUUCAACGUGGUCUCGGACACCUUCUUCCUCAUUGACCUGGUCCUCAAUUUCCGCACGGGGAUUGUGGUGGAGGACAACACAGAGAUCAUCCUGGACCCGCAGAGGAUUAAGAUGAAGUACUUGAAGAGCUGGUUCGUGGUGGAUUUUAUCUCCUCCAUUCCGGUAGACUAUAUUUUCCUGAUUGUGGAAACCCGCAUCGAUUCGGAGGUUUACAAGACAGCCCGAGCCCUCCGAAUCGUGCGAUUCACCAAAAUCCUCAGCCUCUUGCGGCUCCUGAGGCUUUCGAGGCUGAUACGUUACAUCCAUCAAUGGGAGGAGAUCUUCCACAUGACCUACGACCUGGCGAGCGCUGUGGUGCGGAUCGUGAACUUGAUUGGCAUGAUGCUGCUGCUGUGCCACUGGGACGGCUGCCUCCAGUUCUUGGUGCCCAUGCUGCAAGACUUCCCGGACGACUGUUGGGUCUCGCUGAAUCGCAUGGUGAAUGACUCCUGGGGGAAGCAGUAUUCCUAUGCGCUGUUCAAGGCCAUGAGCCACAUGCUGUGCAUCGGAUACGGGCAGCAAGCCCCAGUGGGCAUGUCCGACGUUUGGCUCACGAUGCUGAGCAUGAUCGUGGGGGCCACCUGCUAUGCCAUGUUCAUCGGCCACGCCACGGCCCUCAUCCAGUCUCUGGAUUCCUCCCGCCGACAGUACCAGGAGAAGUACAAGCAAGUGGAGCAGUACAUGUCCUUCCACAAGCUCCCAGCUGAGAUGCGCCAAAGAAUCCACGACUACUAUGAACACCGCUACCAGGGCAAAAUGUUUGAUGAGGAGAGCAUCUUGGGAGAACUGAGUGAGCCCUUGAGGGAGGAGAUCAUCAACUUCAACUGCCGGAAGCUGGUGGCCUCCAUGCCCCUGUUCGCCAACGCAGACCCCAAUUUUGUCACAUCCAUGCUGACCAAGCUGCGUUUCGAGGUGUUCCAACCAGCCGACUACAUCAUCCGGGAGGGGACCAUUGGCAAGAAGAUGUAUUUUAUCCAGCAUGGGGUGGUCAGCGUGCUCACCAAGGGCAACAAGGAGACCAAGCUGGCUGAUGGAUCCUACUUUGGAGAAAUCUGCCUGCUGACCCGCGGCCGGCGCACGGCGAGCGUGAGAGCCGACACGUACUGCCGCCUUUACUCCCUCUCGGUGGACAACUUUAAUGAGGUGCUGGAGGAAUAUCCAAUGAUGAGGAGGGCGUUUGAAACCGUGGCACUGGAUAGGCUGGACAGAAUUGGUAAGAAGAACUCCAUCCUGCUACAUAAAGUCCAGCACGAUCUCAACUCGGGCGUCUUCAACUACCAGGAGAACGAGAUCAUCCAGCAAAUUGUGCAGCACGACAGAGAGAUGGCCCACUGCGCGCAUAACGUCCAAGCUGCCGCCGCCUCCGCACCGACGCCGGUUAUCUGGACGCCACUUAUCCAGGCCCCCUUGCAAGCCGCGGCAGCCACCACGUCCGUAGCAAUAGCUCUCACCCACCACCCUCGCCUCCCGGCGGCCAUUUUCCGCCCUCCCGUCUCCGUUUUGGGUUCGCUGGGGCAGCCGCAGAACCAGACCCCGAGGCGGCUGAGACGGCUCCAUUCCUUGGUGUCGUCAGCCGGGCCGUCCAUCGUGGGCUCCCCUUCAAGCACGCCAUCCCAGCAGCACACUCCGGGAGCCGAGACCCAUUCGUCCUCCUCCUUCCAGAUCCACCAGCUGGCGGGGUUUACAGCCUCGGCCGGCUUGGGCCAGUUCCACCGGGCCUCGGCCGGUUCUCCCUCCACUGGCUCCGCUCAGCAAACCUUGGGCAGCCCGCCCCCUGCUGGACGGAGCCAGCUGCAGCAGAGGCCGGCGGAGUCGUCCGAAGGGACCGCUCCGCCACAGGCUCUCGACUGCCACCUGUCCAGCGGCUUUGGCCCUUUCCAGAGGGCCCCCGCUAGUUCACCGUCAGCCACCCCUCCCUUCGGCCCGCUCCCUUCCCAUUCGCCUGGCAGCCCCCUCGGCCCCUUGCUGCCCAGUUGCAGGCCCCAAGUGGGACAGCCCCAGCAACUCUCAGGAACUGGAGCACUGGGAGGGACGGACCACUUCCAGUUGCCAGCCUCAUCCAGUUCUCCAUCCUCUAGCUUAAGCCAGCUGGUGCAGCCGUCCGGAAGCCCCCCCUCGGCGGCCUGGCAGCCAACCCAGCCAAGUGCAUUAGGACCGUCAGCGGCGCCUGCGACUGUCGCUCAGGCGCACCACGAAAGGUCACCCUUUGCCUCUAUGUCUCCCUCGAAACGGCCCGCUGUCCCCUCGCCUUUGUGCUCGCCCUCAAGCCUUAGCCCCCCUAGUCAAAGCCCUGCUCCCAGGACUUUCCAGUGCGGCCCUUCUGGGGCACUGGGCUCCCGUGGAUCUCUGCUGAUGCCUCAGACCUCCAGCCCACCUCUGCAGGUCUUUCCGCCCCGGAGUAGUCCAACCCUUCCGCCCGGACGAUUGACCCAAGACCUCAAGUUGAUUUCUGCUUCCCAACCGUCUCUACCCCACGAAACGGCUCAGACUCUAAGGCAAGGCUCUCCACACUCGUCUAGAGAGUCCGUUUCUAGCUUCUCAUCUUUCUCUGGAGGAGAAGGAGGAGGAGGAGGAGGAGGAGGAGGGACAAGACCUCUACGGAAGCCAUAUAGCUCUGUGCCAGGGCGAGUGACUCUACCACGCCAGACAUCCUCAGGUUCUCUGCCUCCGCCACCUGCAUUUGAGGCCCCUCGCACCAUUUCCCCAUCCCUGACUGCUGCCGAAGGGAAGAAAGGAUCUAUAGGGCUCGCUGGGGAACGGGAACCCGUCCGAUCUAAACUGCCCUCCAAUUUGUGA